GGUCAAAGAAGAACACAAACCACAACCGACACAGUGGUUUCCCUUUAGUGGGAUCACUGAACUGGUAAAUAACGUUCUUCAGCCCCAGCAAAAACAACAAAAUGAAAAGGAGCCCCAGACAAAACUGCAUCAACAAUUUGAAAUGUACAAGGAGCAAGUGAAGAAGAUGGGAGAAGAGUCACAGCAACAGCAAGAACAGAAAGGCGACGCCCCAACUUGUGGCAUCUGCCACAAAACAAAGUUUGCUGAUGGAUGUGGCCAUAACUGUUCAUAUUGCCAAACUAAGUUCUGCGCUCGCUGUGGAGGUCGGGUGUCACUACGCUCAAACAAGGUUAUGUGGGUAUGCAAUUUGUGCCGAAAACAACAAGAAAUCCUCACUAAAUCAGGAGCAUGGUUUUAUAAUACUGGUUCUAAUACACCACAGCAACCUGAUCAGAAGGCUCUCCGAGGACUGCGAAAUGAGGAGGCACCUCAAGAGAAGAAAGCAAAGCUACAUGAGCAGGCCCAGUUCCAAGGAUCCCCAUGGGCUCAUCUCAUGAGACAGGAUUCUAUUAAAAAUGGGUCAGGAAUGAAGCAUCAAAUUGCCAGUGACAUAGCUUCAGACAGGAAAGGAAGUCCAUCAGUGUCCAGAGAUCAGAACAGAAGGUGCGACCAAAGGGAAGAAAGAGAGGGAUAUCUGCAGUAUGCUCCUUCUGACAGCACCAUGCCUAAGUCUCCCUCAGAUUAUGGUGACAGACGAUCCCAACAUGAGUCUCAGUUCUACGAAGAAUCUGACCAUUUAAAUUAUAGGGACUCCAACAGGAGAAGUCAUAGGCAUUCCAAAGAAUAUAUUGUGGAUGACGAGGAUGUGGAGAGCAGAGAUGAAUAUGAAAGGCAAAGGAGAGAGGAGGAGUACCAGGCCCGCUAUCGAAGUGACCCAAACUUGGCCCGCUAUCCGGUAAAGCCACAGCCCUAUGAAGAGCAAAUGCGAAUCCAUGCUGAAGUGUCCCGAGCACGGCACGAGAGAAGGCAUAGCGAUGUUUCUUUGGCCAACGCUGAACUAGAAGAUUCCAGGAUUUCCCUGCUCAGGAUGGACCGACCAUCAAGGCAAAGGUCUAUAUCUGAGCGUAGAGCUGCGAUGGAAAACCAGAGAUCUUACUCAAUGGAAAGAACUCGAGAGGCUCAGGCACAAAGUUCUUAUCCACAAAGGACCACAAACCAUAGUCCUCCUACCCCGCGGAGGAGUCCGAUACCCAUCGAUAGACCAGAACUGAGGCGAGCUGACUCACUAAGGAAGCAACACCACUUAGAUCCCAGCUCUGCCGUAAGGAAAACAAAACGGGAAAAAAUGGAGACCAUGCUGAGAAAUGAUUCUCUCAGUUCAGACCAGUCAGAAUCGGUGAGACCACCACCACCAAAGCCUCAUAAGUCAAAGAAAGGAGGUAAAAUGAGGCAGGUUUCACUGAGCAGCUCGGAGGAGGAAUUGGCUUCUACCCCUGAGUACACAAGCUGUGAUGAUGUGGAGAUUGAAAGUGAGAGUGUAAGUGAAAAAGGAGACAUGGAUUACAACUGGUUGGAGCAUUCGUCUUGGCAUAGCAGUGAGGCCUCCCCAAUGUCUUUGCACCCUGUGACCUGGCAGCCAUCCAAAGACGGAGAUCGCUUAAUUGGUCGAAUUUUGUUAAAUAAGCGUCUGAAAGAUGGGAGUGUGCCUCGGGACUCAGGAACCAUGCUUGGCUUAAAGGUUGUAGGAGGAAAAAUGACUGAAUCAGGUCGGCUGUGUGCAUUUAUUACCAAAGUAAAAAAAGGAAGUUUAGCGGAUACUGUAGGGCAUCUUAGGCCAGGUGACGAAGUUUUAGAAUGGAACGGGAGGCUGUUGCAAGGAGCCACAUUUGAGGAGGUGUACAACAUCAUCCUGGAAUCCAAGCCUGAACCACAGGUGGAGCUUGUAGUUUCCAGGCCCAUUGGAGAUAUACCUAGAAUACCUGAUAGCACACAUGUACAACUGGAGUCCAGUUCUAGCUCAUUUGAAUCUCAAAAAAUGGAUCGUCCUUCUAUUUCCGUUACCUCGCCAAUGAGUCCUGGCAUGUUGAGGGAUGUUCCACAGUUCUUAUCUGGACAACUUUCAAGCCAAAGCCUUAGUAGAAGAACAACGCCUUUUGUUCCUAGGGUUCAGAUAAAACUGUGGUUUGACAAGGUUGGUCACCAGUUAAUAGUUACGAUUUUGGGGGCAAAGGAUCUCCCUUCCAGGGAAGAUGGGAGGCCAAGGAAUCCUUAUGUUAAAAUUUACUUUCUUCCAGACAGAAGUGAUAAAAACAAAAGAAGAACAAAAACAGUAAAGAAAACAUUGGAACCCAAAUGGAACCAGACAUUCAUUUAUUCUCCAGUCCACCGCAGAGAAUUUCGGGAACGAAUGCUGGAAAUUACCCUUUGGGACCAAGCUCGGGUUCGAGAGGAAGAAAGUGAAUUCUUAGGGGAGAUUUUAAUUGAAUUAGAAACAGCAUUACUAGAUGAUGGGCCACACUGGUACAAGCUUCAGACCCACGACCUCUCUUCAUUGCCACUUCCUCACCCUUCUCCAUACAUGUCACGAAGACAGCUCCAUGGAGAGAGCCCAACGCGAAGGUUGCAAAGGUCAAAAAGAAUAAGUGAUAGUGAAGUCUCCGACUAUGACUGUGAUGAUGGAAUUGGUGUAGUAUCAGAUUAUCAGCACAAUGGUCGAGAUCUUCAAAGCUCAACAUUAUCAGUGCCAGAGCAAGUGAUGUCAUCAAACCAUUGUUCACCAUCAGGGUCUCCUCACCGGGUGGAUGUGAUUGGAAGGACUAGAUCGUGGUCACCCAGUGUUCCCCCUCCACAAAGGAAAGUGGAACAAGGACUUCGGGGGAUACAUUCUUCUACUGGACAUUAUAAUACAGUUAGCCGGACGGACAGACAUCGUGUCAUGGAUGACCGUUAUUCUCCAGAGAGAGAACGUCAUUGUCUUACUCUACCUCGCUCCAGAUACAGUCAGACCACUGACCACCAUCACAGGGAUGGCAG